GAGAGAGAGAGAGAGAGAGAGAGAGAGAGAGAGAGAAGUAGUCCUGUAUUGUCAGUUAGUCAUGGUAGUGUAGAACUGUGAGGUAACACACAAUGGCAAUGACUGAGCAAAUAGAGACUGGAGCAGGCUGUUCCUCCAAGUCAUUCAAGCUGUACUCUCCGAAGGAGCCCCCCAACGGCAGCUCCUUUCCCCCGUUCCACCCCGGCACCAUGCUGGACAGAGACCUGGGCCCAACCCCCAUGUACCCCCCCUCAUACCUGGAGCCUGGAAUAGGGAGACACACACCAUACGGGAACCAGACAGACUACAGGAUAUUUGAGCUCAACAAACGGCUACAGAACUGGACAGAGGAAUGUGAUAAUCUGUGGUGGGAUGCAUUCACUACAGAGUUCUUUGAGGAUGAUGCCAUGUUGACCAUAACCUUCUGUCUGGAGGACGGGCCCAAGAGAUACACGAUUGGCCGGACGUUGAUCCCGCGGUACUUCCGGAGUAUAUGAGGGGGCGCCACCGACCUCUACUACGUGUUGAAGCACCCCAAAGAGUCCUUCCACAACAACUUCGUUUCGCUGGACUGUGACCAGUGUACCAUGGUUACGCAGAACGGAAAACCCAUGUUCACACAGGUGUGUGUGGAGGGUCGUCUGUACCUGGAGUUCAUGUUUGACGACAUGAUGAGGAUCAAGACGUGGCACUUCAGCAUCCGACAGCACCGUGAACUGAUACCACGCAGUAUACUGGCCAUGCACGCCCAGGACCCCCAGAUGUUAGACCAGCUGUCUAAGAACAUCACCAGAUGUGGACUGUCAAACUCCACCCUCAACUACCUCCGACUGUGUGUGAUUCUGGAGCCCAUGCAGGAGCUGAUGUCCAGACACAAGACCUACAGCCUCAGCCCCAGGGACUGUCUCAAGACCUGUCUCUUCCAGAAGUGGCAACGCAUGGUGGCCCCGCCAGCUGAACCAGCCAGACAGGCCCCUAAUAAGAGGAGGAAGCGUAAGAUGUCAGGCGGCAGCACCAUGAGUGCCGGAGGAGGAACCACCACCAACAACAACAAGAAGAAGAGUCCAGCUAGCAGCUUCCCCCUGUCCAGCCAAGUACCAGACGUUAUGGUGGUGGGAGAGCCCACCCUGAUGGGAGGGGAGUUCGGGGACGAGGACGAGCGCCUGAUCACGCGGCUGGAGAACCAACAGUUCGACGCGGCCAACGGCAUCGAUGACGAGGACAGCUUCAACAACAGCCCCGCGCUGGGGGCCAACUCUCCCUGGAACAACAAGGCCCCAUCCAGCCAGGAGAGCAAGAGUGACAACCCUACGUCUCAGGCCUCACAGUAGAGGAGGGGAGGGAGGGGAGGCGCUUCCAUAGUCUUAAAGGGGUUUCCUCUCCUUGUGGGUGUGUGUCAAUUGUCUGUAGUGGCUUCCUGACUGUUCUUAUCUUUUCCUCUUAAAGGGGCAAUCCGCAGUUGAAAAAAUAACUUAGUGUCACCUCUACCUCCUGUUUUAGUAAAAAGCUGAGGGACGGGCCUGGAGAAGGGUAACCACUCUAAAAUUCAUAGACCGCUAUGGGUACAAGGACUGACCAUCCAAGAUAUAACAAACAUAUAUAUGUAGUUUUAAGCAUGUUUUGAGGCUAUACAGUUUUGCAUUAGAUGGUUACAGAGUAAACCACGUUGAUACUGUGGCUUGGGACGGGGUGCGUCAGUUCAAUUAAGCCUCUGAGACAACAGGUACAUAUCAUUCAUUUAGAAGUCCAAAACAUGGCUGUAGGGACUACGGAUUGCCCCUUUUCUAAUAGGGAUUUUAUCUUGGCCUGUGGAGUAGACGGAGGAUCCCAUUGGUUGAUAAGAGGUUUCCUUUCCCUGUCUACCUUCCUACAUCAGUUCUGAUAUGAGAGCUUGGUAGGUGACAGGAAAUGACUGAGAGCUAUUACCUAUAGGGGCCUUCUCCAGACCUGGCUCUCCUAGCUGGUCUUUAAGGAGAGACCUGAGGAGAGGGAAGACGCUUGGGACAGUUGAGAUGCACCCAGGUAGGGGUGCAGGAAGGGGUGGUGGGGUAGGGAGAGGGCGGGGGAGGGGGACACGAGGACAACUCACACAUCUACCUUCAGAAGAAUCAUGGUCACUAGAUAUGGAGUCUUAACUCUGGUCCACUCUGCUGCUGCACUGUGUGUGUGUGUGUGUGUGUGUGUGUGUGUGUGUGUGUGUGUGUGUGUGUGUGUGUGUGUGUGUGUGUGUGUGGCUGUGUGUGUGUGGCUGUGUGUGUGUGGCUGUGUGUGUGUGGCUGUGUGUGUGGCUGUUACUUGGUCAGAACUAAAGCCUGGACUGUGCCAAGCUAGCGGACCGGAGUUGAGAUCCAAUCAGUUUAAAAUGCUUUCUCACACACACAGACACACACACACAGACACACACACACACACCAUUGAAGGAGUACUGAUCCAACCUUUUAACAGAUAACAGAAAGCAUUUAAACAACAACAACAUUGUAGAGUUUUAUACCAGUCUCUAUUUCCCUAGAAUGGUUUCAUUUGAUUUUCUACUCCUGCAUUUCCAAUCUACUUUUAUUUGUUCUUUUUUACUGACGAUAUUCAGAAGCUAACAGACCAAGGAGCCAGAAAACAGGACUGCUGUUAUUCUACCCCCCCCCCCCCCCCCCCCUGUUAUUUGAGAUUUUCUCCUGGUUUGUAGUGUAUUUGUGCUUUGUAUAUUUAAGGUAGUAGCAACGUUCUGUACGACUGUAUUCUGAGGUUCCUGAAGCCAUUCUGAUCCAAUGGAAAGACAUGACAUGGACAAAAAGAAGGAAAAAACACAUGAACCUCUCAACCAAUCCCCUCUCUCCAUUUACAUCUCUUAACCAAUCCCCUCUCUCCAUUUACAUCUCUUAACCAAUCCCCUCUCUCCAUUUACAUCUCUCAACCAAUCCCCUCUCUCCAUUUACAUCUCUUAACCAAUCCCCUCUCUCCAUUUACAUCUCUUAACCAAUCCCCUCUCUCCAUUUACAUCUCUCAACCAAUCCCGUCUCUCCAUUUACAUCUCUCAACCAAUCCCGUCUCGCCAUUUACAUUUUACAUCUCUCAACCAAUCCCCUCUCUCCAUUUACAUCUCUCAACCAAUCCCGUCUCUCCAUUUACAUCUCUCAACCAAUCCCGUCUCGCCAUUUACAUUUUACAUCUCUCAACCAAUCCCCUCUCUCCAUUUACAUCUCUCAACCAAUCCCGUCUCUCCAUCUACAUCUCUCUCAACCAAUCCCCUCUCUCAACCAAUCCCCUCUCUCCAUCUACAUCUCUUAACCAAUCCUCUCUCUCUCUCUCUUUUAAAUGUUUUUUUAACUUGUGUACAUUCAUUUAUAAAACCCUGGGGUACAGUCACCAUUGAGAAGACAAAACCCUGGGGUACAGUCACCAUUGAGAAGACAAAACCCUGGGGUACAGUCACCAUUGAGAAGACAAAACCCUGGGGUACAGUCACCAUUGAGAAGACAAAACCCUGGGGUACAGUCACCAUUGAGAAGACAAAACCCUGGGGUACAGUCACCAUUGAGAAGACAAAACCCUGGGGUACAGUCACCAUUGAGAAGACAAAACCCUGGGGUACAGUCACCAUUGAGAAGACAUGUUUGCAUCUUCAAGUUCAGCAGAUUUAUUUUUUUCAUUUCAUUUUUCUAUUUAUUUUUAAUGAAAUAUCAGAUAUACGUUCUGUUUCUCCACCUCCCCCGGUUACACACUCAUCCUAAAUGUACACUACUAUUAGCAAAUAAGCUAAUGAUCUACUGCUGUUUAAAAAGUCUGAACAGACAACCUGACAUCAUUCAUCCACCCAUGUGUCCCAAAUGGCACCCUAAUCCCUAUCAAGUUAUGGUCGAAGGUAGUGCACUACAUACAGAAUAGAGUGUCAUUCGGGACGCAACCCCAACUAGUUAUUAAUGUUUACCUGAAGUCGUAAGGGUUGUAUAUAUUUCCAAUACCUGUGUUGUAUAGGCUUGAUCUGUAAUAUUGAGUCUGUUGCGCAUGUGUUUGGUAAUACCUUCGAUUCUCACAAGGGGGCGCUGUUAGAGUAUCACAAAUAAGAUCAUUUCAUAACUUUACACAUCCAUUUCAACCAUGUGCAGUGAUAUGAUCUGCCCCCCAAAAGCACCCGAUGUAGUGCAGUACUUUUGUUCAGGGUCAAUGUGAGAGCAGGGGGCCAUUUGGGACAUGGCCCAUGUUAUUUAGUUCUGUAAAUGUUGUUCCAGCUCUGUCAAGUACAUUGUGUACGUUUUCAGUACAGCUCUGGCUGUAACAGAGAGAAUAUGUCCCAAAUGGCACCCUAUUCCCUACAUAGAGCACUACUUUAGACCAGAACCCAUUGGCCCUGGUCAAAAGUAGUGCACUAUAUAAGGGAACAGGAGGCCAUUUUGGAUGCAAGCCUAGAGAAAGGUGACUGGUACCCUAAACCAACCCUGUAGAAAAAGCCUUGUUUGAUAUUUUGUUUAGUUUUUUUGCCCUUGAUACUUAUUGAUGAAUUAAUUAAUGUAUGGUACCAAUAAAAAUAUACAUUUUCACUUUAAAAUGAA